ACUAAGUGGCAGGUAGGGCCCUAAAUGCUUUCUGGUUAUUAUCUCAUUAGAUCCCGGCGACAGCCCUCAAUGCUUACUAUUAUUAUCGCUAUUUUGCAUUGAGGAAACUGAGGCUCAGAAAUGUUAUUCAGCUGCCCAAGGUCAUGACGUGAACCUGCGGGACUUCAGAGGCCCCACCCUCUCGACACGCACGCACACACUCGCCCCCCACACCGUGCAGGGAUGUGCAGAUAACCAAAGCCAAGCUUCCCUGCCGGCGGGGGACCAGGGCUAUGGGACCGGGACCCAAGUGGGGGCCGGAUCCAACGAGGCAACGCUGGGAGUGCCGGCAGAGGGAGUCCCGGCAGAGGGGCGGCCAAGCGGCGGAGUUACAACCGCACUCCCGCAGCGCACGGGCGGCGGAGCUGAUCAGGCGCUUCCCGGCCCCAUAAAGCGCGGGCAGGAGGCGAACGUCGUUUUAUGGAGGCGGCCUGGCGGCCCGGCCCGCUUUGAUUCCCGGCUCCGCGAGGCCCGAGGACCGAGCCCUCCAAGCUCGUUAACGCCUGGCCCGCGAGCUCCCUCCCUGGGCCCGCGGGCAGCCGUAUAAGGCACGGCGCGGGCCUGGGGUCCAUCCGCCCGCCCCUGUCGCCGCGGCACCAUGUCCGACGUCUCCUCCCGCCUCGGCGCCCCCUUCGGGGUCCGCGCCUUCGGCUGCAUCUCGGCCUGCGGGCCCCGGCCCGGCAGCUGCUGCAUCACCGCCGCCCCCUACCGCGGCAUCUCCUGCUACCGCGGCCUCGCCGGGGGCUUCGGCAGCCACAGCGUGUGCGGGGGCUUCCGCGGCGGCUCCUGCGGGCGCAGCUUCGGUUACCGCUCCGGGGGCGUGUGCGGGCCCAGCCCCCCCUGCAUCACCACCGUGUCGGUCAACGAGAGCCUCCUCACGCCCCUCAACCUGGAGAUCGACCCCAAUGCGCAGUGCGUGAAGCAGGGGGAGAAGGAGCAGAUCAAGAGCCUCAACAGCAGGCUUGCGGCCUUCAUCGACAAGGUGCGCUUCCUGGAGCAGCAGAACAAGCUGCUGGAGACCAAGCUGCAGUUCUUCCAGAACCGCGAGUGCUGCCAGAGCAACCUGGAGCCCCUGUUUGAGGGCUACAUCGAGACUCUGCGGCGGGAGGCCGAGUGUGUGGAGGCCGACAGCAGGAGGCUGGCCUCGGAGCUCAACCACGUGCAGGAGGUGCUGGAGGGCUACGAGAAGAACUAUGAAGAAGAGGUGGCACUAAGGGCCACCACUGAGAAUGAAUUUGUGGCCUUGAAGAAGAACAUGGACUGUGCCUACCUGCGCAAAUCAGACCUGGAGGCCAGCACAGAGGCCCUGACUCAGGAGAUCGACUUCCUGAGGCAGCUGUACGAGGAGGAGAUCCGCGAUCUCCAAUCCCACAUCUCAGACACCUCCGUGGUCGUCAAGCUGGGCAACAGCCGGGACCUGAACAUGGACUGCGUCGCCGCCAAGAUCAAGGCCCAGUACAACGACAUUGUCACCCACGGCCGGGCUGAAGCCGAGUCCUGGUACUGCAGCAAGUGCGAGGAGAUGAAGGCCACGGUGAUCAGGCACGGGGAGACCCUGCACCACACCAAGGAGGAGAUCAACGAGCUGAACCGCAUGAUCCAGAGGCUGAUGGCCGAGGUGGAGAACGCCAAGUGCCAGAACUCCAAGCUGGAAGCUGCGGUGGCCCAGACUGAGUAGCAGGGUGAGGCGGCCCUCGCCGAUGCCCGCUGCAAGCUGGCCAAGCUGGAGGCCGCCCUGCAGAAGGCCAAGCAGGACAUGGCCUGCCUGAUCAGGGAGUACCAGGAGGUCAUGAACUCCAAGCUGGGCCUGGACAUCGAGAUCGCCACCUACAGGCGCCUGCUGGAGGGCGAGGAGCAGAGGUUGUGUGAGGGUGUUGGUGCUGUGUCUGUAAGUAAUCUAUUUUUUGGGUUCCAAAAUAAGAGCUUGGGGUUCUGGGCAGGCAAACUUUUUCUUAAAGCUUCAGACAGUAAAAACUUUAGGCUUGUGGGCCGUGCAGUCUCUGCCUCAACUCCUCCGCUCUUGCUGUAAUGUAAAGCAGCCACAGCCAAAGCAAAACUUAAAGGAAGAGGUGUGACUGGGUUCCAAGAAAACUUGAUUGACAGUCAGCCGGCAUGUGGCCAUAGUUUGCAGACUCUAAAAAGAAAGACGGAGUGGGGCAGUGAGUGAUUAUGGUAACAAUUAGCUACAGACAGGCACCACACAAGGACUUUUAGGUCAAGGAUGGAUGGAAUAUAGGACAGUAGUCCCAUUAGAUUCUAAUACCAUAUUUUUACGCUACCUUUCCUAGGUCUAGCUCUGCUCAGAUACACAGAUACAUACCAUAGUGUUGCAGUUGUCUUCAGUCUUCAGUACGGUCACAUGCUGUACAGAUUUGUAGCAUAGAAGCAAUGGGCUGUGCUAUAAAGCAAAUUUGUCAAAUCUGUGGCCGGAAGGCUGCAUGCAGCCCAGGACAGCUUUC